AUGGUUUUAGGAGUUGGUGUUAUGAUCGUGGCAGGUUGGAAAUUGUUUAUGGGAUUCGUUAGAUUUGGUAUCCGGGAUAAUGAAAAUCAUGAACAAACGAUAUUAUUGAAAAGAAACUUUGAAGAAGUUCAUCAAGUUGAAAGCAAUAAUUAUCAUCAAGUUUUUGUACCAGUUAUUCCCGGAGUGACAUUACCAAUUUCACAUCUUAUAUAUUACCUGAUUGCACUUUUGGUUUGUGGAAUCUUACAUGAGGCUGGUCAUGCAGUUGCAGCUUUCCGUGAACUUGUGCCAAUAACUGAUGCUGGAAUAUUUUUGUAUUUAUUUUAUCCGGGAGCAUUUGUUAGUCUUUCUAGUCAAUAUUUGGAUAAUAGUUCACCGAUAAAAAAGCUUCGCAUCUUUUGUGCAGGAGUUUGGCAUAAUGCGGUGAUAUUUUUAUUGGGUACUCUUAUAUUAAAUUCUGGAAUAAUUAAAUUAUCUAUGAGUCUCACUGGAUACAGAUCUGUGGAAGGAACUGGAGUUAGUAUUAUUAGUAUUGAAGAGAAUACAGAUUUUGUUGGAAUAUUAUACCCUUCAGCGUUAAUAACCAAAAUAGAUGAUUAUGAAUUGAAUGAUGCUUCAUUAGAGAGAUGGAAUACUUAUUUAUUGCAAAAUUAUAAGAUUAUAAAUAAUACUCGUGGGUUUUGUUCGUCAGAAAAGGACACUAUGCCAUCUUUAGAUUGUUGUAAUAUUAAUGCAGCUCAUCCUUAUGGAAAUUCAGAAAGCAGAGAAGUUUUGUGUUUUCAGCUAUCCGAUCAAAAUAAUUCACACUAUCAGAAAGAAUUGAGUUGUCGUCAAGUAAAACCAAUAUUAGCCAAUGUGGAUGAACAAAGGUGUGAAAAGGAUUCUGAUUGUGAUGAAUCAUUACCUACGUGUGUAUUACCAUAUACACCUCUUGGAUUCCCUAGGCCUGUAAGGAUUUAUUUUAAACAUUCUCCAUGGAACGCUAAUCAAGAUGAAAAUACAGAACAAAUUUUGUUAUGGCUUGGAAAUUUAAAAGAUUUGUGGGAAAUAAUACAAGUUAGCAUUCUUCAACCAAGAUGGUCAUGGGUUCCUCUUUGGAUACCACUUGUUUCAGAAUUAAUUUUAAGGUAUACGGCAUCAUUUUCACUUGCGUUAUGUAUAUUAAAUAUCUUACCGGCAUUUCAAUUGGAUGGACAUCAUGCAUUAAAAGCAAUACUGACAUUGUUAUAUGAAGAUAAUGAUAAAGUAUCAACCAACAGUAAAGGAAAGAUGAAAGUAGUUGAAGAUGGGAUUGUAUAUAGUGUAACUGGGUUGGUUGGUUGGGUUGUAUUUGGAACUUUAAUUUCUGGAGUAUUUUUUUGA